UGGAUCACGCUUCUCCCACUUAGCCAUUUCAUCAAACAGUUUGUGUGCAACAACAGUCACUGAAGUAGUGCUAUAUAUAGUAUUAAUACCAAAUCAUGUUGACUCUAUUCUCCCAUUAUUUUCUCGCUAUUAUUGCAGCAAUCAUUUACUUAAUUGUAAUUUGCUGCAAUAAAAAUCUUGUUUCUGUAACAAAUUCAUCAAAAUCUGGGUUUUUGUCAUCAAGAUGCCAUCUUUCAUAUGGGUUUCCUUCUUAAUGCAAGUUUGUCUAAUUUGGAUUCAGGGUUUCUGGGUUUUUCCCUGUUUUUUCAUUGAAAUUAUUUUCUAAGAUACCCAAUUGUUUUAUUUAAAAACCUAUAAAAAGUGCUGACAGUGCUGAAUUUUUCUUGCAGGAGAUAAAGACAUUGGUGCCUACAGAAAUUAGAUAAUUUGGCCUUCAUUGACUUGCUGUUAAUUCAGAGGCUCUAUAGAGGAAGAAAGACUACAUAAUAUUGAUGGAGGGUCUGUGGAAUUCAUAUUGUGGGCAAUCUAAUUGUUCAAUUAUCGAUAUAGAGCCUUGCACUCGAGUGCCAUUUGUGUUUGUGACCCAUCCUUCUUCAUGUGUCAAUCAUGCUUUAAUCAUUUGCCUUGACAUACUGCUACUGGCAGUGCUCUUAGUUAGUGUGAUUUGUAAAAUUUCCUCCAAGAGAAUCGAGCUAUCAGCUCGUUAUAAACGCUUCUCAAACUUGCAGAUAGCAUCAGCUGUUUUUAAUGGCUGUUUGGGACUACUUUACAUAGGUUUAGGUACUUGGAUUCUGGUGGAGAAGUUGGGAAAUGGUCAUUCUACUUUACCGAUUCAUUGGUGGGCCUUGUAUUUUUUCCAAGGGUUUACGUGGGUGUUGGUGGGAUUAACAGCAAGUCUUAGAGGAGAGUACUUCCCAAGAGCCCCAUUGCGAAUCUUGUCCAUUUUAGCAUUUCUCUCUGCUGGGAUUAUUUGCUUCUUAGCUCUUUUUGCUGCCAUAGUUAACAAUGAAACAACAGUUAAAGUAGCCUUGGAUAUACUGUCUUUCCUAGGAGCAACUUUACUGUUAUUAUGUACUUACAAGGGGUACAUAAAUGAAGAAGAUGGAGAGAGUAAUGGAGGUACCCUUUACACUCCUCUUAGUGGUGAGGCUAAUGGCAGCUGUAAAUUUGAUUCAGCAGUCCAAGUCUCUCCAUUUGCUGAAGCUGGGUUGUUUGGUAGAUUAACAUUCUGGUGGUUGAAUCCUUUGAUGAAAUUGGGUAAGUUGAAGACUCUUCAAGACGAGGAUAUCCCCAAAUUACGGGAUGUAGAUAGAGCUGAAUUUUGUUACUUGCAGUACAUAAACCAGUUGAAUAAACAGAAACAGGAUAAACCCUCUUCACAUUCCUCAAUUUUGUGGACUAUUGUGGCAUGCCAUUGGAAUGAUAUACUUCUUUCUGGGUUCUUUGCUGUUUUGAAGAUACUUACCCUGUCAGCUGGACCUCUUCUGCUGAAUGCUUUCAUUGAGGUUGCAGAGGGAAAAGAGGCUUUCAAACAUGAAGGCUAUCUUUUGGCCCUUGCACUCUUCUUUUCAAAGACCUUGGAAUCUCUGUCACAGAGACAAUGGUACUUCAAAAGCAGAUUAAUUGGCCUGAAAGUGAGGUCUUUGCUUACUGCCGCAAUUUACAAGAAGCAGCUAUUAUUAUCAAAUGCUGCCAGGAUGAGACACUCUGCUGGUGAGAUAAUGAAUUAUGUCACUGUUGAUGCCUAUAGGAUUGGCGAGUUUCCUUUCUGGGCUCACCAGACUUGGACUACAAGCCUUCAGCUUUGCAUUGCAUUAUUUAUUUUGGUGCAUUCUGUGGGACUUGCAACACUUGCAGCACUUGCCGUAAUAAUUUUAACUGUUCUUUGCAACACCCCCCUUGCAAAAUUACAACAUAAAUUCCAAAGUAAGCUUAUGGUUGCACAGGAUGCUAGGCUGAAGGCUUACUCUGAAGCUCUUGUGAAUAUGAAGGUGCUUAAACUGUAUGCAUGGGAGACGCACUUCAAGAAUGUAAUUGAGUGCUUGAGGAAAGUGGAAGUUAAGUGGUUAUCAGCAGUACAGUUGCGUAGGUCAUACAAUGGUUUCUUAUUUUGGUCAUCUCCCGUUUUGGUCUCUGCUGCUACAUUUGGGGCUUGUUAUGUUCUCAAAAUUCCUUUGCAUGCUAGCAAUGUUUUCACUUUUGUUGCAACACUGCGUCUAGUGCAAGAACCUAUCAGAUCUAUCCCUGAUGUCAUAAGUGUGGUGAUUCAAGCAAGGGUUGCAUUUACACGUAUCGUGGAGUUUCUUUUGGAACCAGAGCUUCUGACUCAGAACGUCAAAAAGAAGAGCGACAUGGGAAACUUAGAUCAUGCCAUCAAGUUGAGGUCCGCAAAUCUUUCCUGGGAAAAAAAUUCAUCAAAACCAACACUAAGGAACAUAAAUUUAGCUGUUCGGCCUGGUGAAAAGGUUGCAAUAUGUGGAGAAGUUGGCUCAGGAAAAUCAACAUUACUGGCAGCAAUUCUUGGAGAAGUACCGUAUAUAGAGGGAACUGUUGCAGUUUAUGGUAAGAUUGCUUAUGUUUCCCAGACAGCUUGGAUUCAAACAGGGACAAUACGUGAAAAUAUUCUUUUUGGGUCUUCUAUGGAUGAGCUAAGGUAUCAAGAAACACUUCGCAGGUGUUCAUUGAUGAAGGAUCUUGACCUUCUUCCUUACGGUGAUCGGACAGAAAUAGGGGAAAGAGGAGUUAAUCUAAGUGGUGGUCAGAAGCAACGAAUACAACUUGCCCGUGCAUUAUACCAAGAUGCUGACAUAUAUCUUUUAGACGAUCCGUUCAGUGCUGUUGAUGCACAUACUGCAACUAGCCUCUUCAGUGAAUAUAUUAUGGAAGCUCUUUCGGCAAAGACUGUCUUACUAGUGACACAUCAAGUUGAUUUUCUACCUGCAUUUCAUUGUUGUUUGCUGAUGUCAGAUGGGGAAAUUCUUCAAUCAGGCUCUUACCAUGAGUUGUUAGCUUCAAGUCAAGAAUUUUUGGACCUUGUAAAUGCACACAAAGAGACUGCUGGAACUGAAAAACUACCUGAGGCUGGAUCAUCUGGAGAACACAAUAAUCCAGCAAAGGAGAUCAAGAGAACCAUUGUUAAGAAGCAAUAUGAAGCAUCAGAAGGGGAUCAGUUAAUUAAGCGAGAAGAAAGAGAAGAGGGCGACACUGGUCUUAAGCCAUACUUUACCUACCUAAAUCAGAACAAAGGCUACAUUUACCUUUCUAUAGCUGUUAUUUGCCACCUCACCUUUACCACAGGCCAGAUACUUCAAAACACUUGGAUGGCCUCUAGUGUUGAUAAUCCUCAAGUCAGCACAUUUAAGUUGAUUGUGGUUUACCUUAUCAUCGGAGCAUCCUCGACAUUGUUUUUACUCUUCAGAUCUCUUGCUGUUGUUGCAAUGGGCUUGGCUGCAUCUAAAUCCUUAUUUUCUCAGCUACUGAGCUCUCUCUUUCAUGCUCCUAUGUCUUUUUAUGAUUCAACACCUCUUGGAAGGAUACUAAGUCGGGUCUCUUCUGAUUUGGGCAUAGUUGAUCUUGAUGUUGCUUUCAGCCUUCUCUUUUCGAUAGGGGCUACUAUAAAUGCAUAUGCUAAUCUAGGAGUGCUGGCAGUUAUUACUUGGCAAGUUUUGUUUGUCUCCAUACCAGUGAUUUAUUUGGCAAUCCGGUUGCAGAAAUACUAUUUUGCGACAGCGAAAGAGUUGAUGAGAAUGAAUGGCACAACAAAGUCUUUGGUUGCCAACCAUUUAGCUGAAUCUAUAGCUGGAGCCAUAACUAUUAGAGCUUUUGAGGAGGAAGACCGGUUCUUUGCCAAGAGUCUUGAUAUAAUCGAUAUAAAUGCAAGUCCAUUCUUCCACAACUUUACAGCUAGUGAAUGGCUGAUUCAGAGGCUUGAGACCCUCAGUGCUACUGUUCUAGCAGCCGCAGCUUUGUCCAUGGUUUUGCUUCCAACGGGAACUUUUAGCUCUGGGUUUAUUGGAAUGGCUCUAUCAUAUGGCCUUUCUUUGAAUAUGUCUCUGGUUAAUUCGAUCCAAAAUCAAUGCACAUUAGCCAACUAUAUCAUUUGUGUGGAGAGGCUUGAUCAAUACAUGCAUAUCCCCAGUGAAGCUCCAGAAGUCAUUGAAGACAGCCGCCCUCCAGAAAACUGGCCAUCAGCUGGUAAAGUGGAGAUAUGCAAUCUACAGAUAAGAUAUAGACCAGAUACACCACUGGUUCUUAAAGGCAUAAGUUGCACCUUUGAAGGGGGAGACAAAAUUGGUAUUGUGGGUAGGACUGGCAGUGGAAAGACUACUCUAAUAGGGGCUUUGUUUCGGUUGGUGGAACCAGUGGCUGGGAAGAUAGUAGUGGAUGGUAUGGACAUAUGUUCAAUAGGACUUCAUGAUCUACGGUCACAUUUUGGGAUUAUUCCACAAGAUCCUACACUCUUUAAUGGAACUGUAAGAUUCAAUUUGGAUCCCUUGUGUCAGCAUAAUGAUGAAGAGCUCUGGGAGGUUCUAGGGAAAUGUCAACUCAAAGAGGUCGUCCAAGAUAAAGAACAGGGCCUAGAUUCCGCAGUUGUGGAGGAUGGAUCAAAUUGGAGCAUGGGUCAGCGACAACUAUUUUGUCUAGGACGUGCUUUACUGAGAAGAAGCAGGGUAUUGGUGCUUGAUGAAGCAACUGCAUCAAUAGAUAAUGCAACCGACACGAUUCUGCAAAGAACAAUACGAACAGAAUUUGCAGACUGUACUGUGAUCACAGUAGCUCACAGGAUACCAACCGUGAUGGAUUGCACAAAAGUCCUUGCCAUUAGUGAUGGAAAAUUGGUUGAAUAUGACGACCCUAUAAAGUUAAUGAAGAAGGAAGACUCAUUAUUUGCCCAGCUUGUGAAGGAAUAUUGGUCUCAUUUUCAAUCUGCAGAACAGGCACAUUGAACAAAAGACAGCCGCGAUCCUUUCUAAAUAUAUGUCACAAUUUUUACAAACAUCAGUUAAAAUUUUGUUAUCUUGUACAUAUUGCAGCAAUGUAGCUUAGUAGAUCAUAUUGCUGCUCAAGUUCAAAGUUGUCUCCUGUUUUAAGUGGCAACGACGAAUUUAUCAAGCUUAACCAAUGAAAUUUUGAUUCACCUGUAUUCUUUUACCUUUCUCCAGCUUUCUGCUUCGGUAAAGUUUUCGCUAUAUAUUUCAGAUAUGCUGCCGUAUGCCUGUAUGUUGUGACUACUGUAUUAUACUAUGUAAUAAGUUACAUUAUUAAUGCUCCAUUGUUUUACAA